AUGCACGAAAGACCACGACGCAGGACACGUCGUGCGCCUUCGACCAUCGCCGACCUAUCUGACUCUCCAGAAUCCGGCUUCAAACGGCCGCGAGUCCACCUCGCGCCAGACCAGCCGCUCACCACCAGCGGCAAGCCGCGCGAACGCGUUUACGUCGCGUGUGUGCAAUGCCGUACUCGCAAGGUCCGCUGUGACGGUGGCAAGCCCGAAUGCCAUAACUGCAGCCGCCGCACAGACCGUACCGGGGGCACAUGCUCGUACGACGCCGCCCCGACCCGGCGUGGCAAGGAUAGGACGCCCGGUGCGCGCAAGCUCGCACCCCUCACGCCCAAGAAGACACGCACCACCCGGUCACGUCUAGAGGAAGAUGCGAAGAGGAAGAAGGUCUCGCGGGAACCUGGGCCUUCGCGGCAUCGAGGACCAAUGGAUAACGACAAGGCGAUGCCCUCCGCAGGGGCGCGUCGUCCUGCGGGCUUAGAACGAGAACUCCCGCACAGGACCCUGCGGGACAUUCCCACCGGAGAUGCGCGCUUCGAGUUCGCUGUAGACUCAGUACUCCGGAAACCUGCGGGUGGCGUGCUCAGACCCGAGUACCAAACCUACAGCACAUAUUCGGGCCGGCGGUUUGCGCUGGCGGAGGAUGAUCCGCACCGGGAAGAUAGUCCUUCGUCCGCUAUUUCGACCGAGCCCAGCAUAGUGUUCACGCGCGAAACCUGGUGGGAUGCCCUCCUCGCGCUCUAUGCCGCGCCCCUCGACAAGCCUGGUGCAAUACCUGCACUGACGCCCGAUCUGCGGGACAGCACGGCCGAACGCGUUGCUAUGGACCUGCGCUUGCUCUUCCAGACCUCCAUCCACUGGUACAGCUUCAUCCACAUCCCGCGCUUCUUCGCGUCGCUGUUCAACCCGACCGCGCGGCGGACGAUCCAGCCCAGUUUGAUCCUCGCCACCCUUGCUCUAGCGACGUUCUCGAAGAGCUCGGAAACGGAGCUGGGAGCGCGAGGCAGGGACAAAGCCCUACGCUUAAUCGAUCAGGCGCAUGCGACUUUCAGCGCGAGCGUGAAUUCGGGGUGGAUCGACGUUGGUCUCGUGCAAGCCGCCUGGAUGCUUGCCGUGUUCGAGAUGCAGGCGCACGCGAAGCUCUGUGCACCGCGCACGCGGGAGGCCAUGGCGAGGUUGGACUCGCUCAUCCACUGCCUCUCCCUUACGAUGCUCGACAUCGACGACCCGCGCACGACGGUCUUCAUGCCGCGCGCCGUGCCCAUCGUUCCAAGCAAUGUGCCCCUCACCAUCCCAGCCUACUCUGCGUAUGACCCCAGCACACCAGUCGCAGGAGCGUCUUCCAGUUCUGAAGGAACAGAUGAGGCCCCCAAAGGAAGGUGGCUCUGCGAGUGCCACACGAGCUCUCUCGGGCACCAGUGGCCACUCGUGAAAAACCUCGCACCCCAGUGGGCGCCGAUGCCGAUGUGGCCGCGGGAGAUUAGCGAGGGCGAGAUGCAAAAGGAGGAGUGCCGCCGGCUGGUGUGGGCGAGCGUGAUGAUUGCUGCGACGCACAGCACAAAAAGCACGGCGGGCACGGACUGGGAACCUCAACACCUCUGGAUCAAGGAUCCGUCGAACUAUGCGUUGCUAUUCCCCGGCGAGAGCGUGGCGCCCCCAGGCACGCUGUCGGUCGCGUCGUCCAAGGACUCGGUAUGGGCGCUGUACAUCCGCACCCUCUUACUCUGGCACAGCUCUCUUCGUAUGAGGAGCGAUGCGCGAAUGUCGAACGCGGACCGUGCACAGUACUCGAUCAGCGUAUGGCUCGAAAUCGAUAACAUCGAGGACACUCUGGAUCGUCAUUCGUGCUCGAUAGAGACAGGGUUUCUGGCGCAAGUGCGGGAGAUUCUCUUCAACACGCGGAUGUGUGUUUCGCAUGAGUUCCAGCGGUACAUCCCGGAAGCUGCGACCACACCUGGUCAGCUGUUUUAUCACGACAAGGCGGAGAGAUGGUUGCUCCGUCAGCUGCAGGUAGCAAACUACCUGACACAAUGCCUGCGCAACCCCAGAAUGGACAUCGAAGGGCACUCGCGUCGGAACUUCCUCAUGUUCUGGUUUAUCUCCCAGAUGAUUCGGGCACUCUCCUUGUACGAAGCCGACCGUACGCUGACGAUCGCGCUUGACGUGGCCCGAGCAUUCUGCCCUGCGACCGAGUAUAUGAUGCGGCUUUGGCCAGGACCCGCGCAACGGAGGGAGUAUGAGCAGGUUCGAGCGCGAAUCGUCCAAACGUGUAUCACCGCGGGUGUAUCUCCUCCCGAACGCGUGGCUCCUGUCGGGGCACCAAGCAUGAGUGCUGUGUGA